UGUUGUGGCACAUUGCCCUGCUCGACAGUUUUAUACCCUCUCACCUUUGGAACAUUGCAGUGUGACAGAGAUUCACGGCGAGAUUCUUCAUCCCCCAGCUCCUUGCUCAACAGUUCCAGGCCUGAGGGAUGGAGACAGAGUUACACUCUGGCCUGCAGGACUCCGUGCUGACCAGGCCACACGUUAAACUGGUCCAGGAUGUGGCGCUCCCAGACUGGGUCGCAGACAACUGGAGCCUCCUGGAGUCUUUCCAAGCGAAGGCCGGGGAUCUACUCAUCGCAACCUACCCCAAAGCAGGGACCACUUGGACACAGGAAAUUGUCGAUCUCAUUAACCACGAUGGUGAUGAGGACAUGUGUAAACGGGCUCCCGUCCACAAUCGCAUCCCCUUCCUGGAAUUUUUCCCCACUCACUACAACCUUCCAAGCGGGCUCGAGCAGAUCCAGAAUAUGGACUCACCUCGGAUGAUCAAAACCCACCUGCCUUUCCAACUCAUUCCCAAAUCCUUCUGGGAGCAGGAUUGUAAGGCAAUUGUAGUCGCUCGAAAUGCCAAGGAUAACGUGGUCUCCUACUUCCAUUUCCAUCGGAUGGAUCAAGUGAUGCCUCACCCUGGGACCUGGCAGGAAUUCCUCCAAAAAUUCAUGGACGGGCAACUUUCUUGGGGCUCGUGGUACGACCAUGCGAAGGGCUGGUGGGCAGCGAAGGAGAACCAUCCAAUCCUGUUCCUCUUUUAUGAAGACAUGAAGGAGAACCCCAGGCGGGAGAUCCAGAAGGUGGCCCAGUUCAUGGGGAAGGUUCUGGAAGACGACAUCCUGGAGAAGAUUGUCCAUCUCUCCACCUUCCAGGUGAUGAAGGACAACCCAAUGACCAAUUACACCACGUUGCCGAGCAACAUCAUGAACCAAUCCAUCUCCAGGUUCAUGAGGAAAGUUUGUUGCUGUUAUUUAUUCAGGAAUGUUGUGGCACAUUGCCCUGCUCGACAGUUUUAUACCCUCUCACCUUUGGAACAUUGCAGUGUGACAGAGAUUCACGGCGAGAUUCUUCAUCCCCCAGCUCCUUGCUCAACAGGGACCACUUGGACACAGGAAAUUGUCGAUCUCAUUAACCACGAUGGUGAUGAGGACAUGUGUAAACGGGCUCCCGUCCACAAUCGCAUCCCCUUCCUGGAAUUUUUCCCCACUCACUACAACCUUCCAAGCGGGCUCGAGCAGAUCCAGAAUAUGGACUCACCUCGGAUGAUCAAAACCCACCUGCCUUUCCAACUCAUUCCCAAAUCCUUCUGGGAGCAGGAUUGUAAGGCAAUUGUAGUCGCUCGAAAUGCCAAGGAUAACGUGGUCUCCUACUUCCAUUUCCAUCGGAUGGAUCAAGUGAUGCCUCACCCUGGGACCUGGCAGGAAUUCCUCCAAAAAUUCAUGGACGGGCAACUUUCUUGGGGCUCGUGGUACGACCAUGCGAAGGGCUGGUGGGCAGCGAAGGAGAACCAUCCAAUCCUGUUCCUCUUUUAUGAAGACAUGAAGGAGAACCCCAGGCGGGAGAUCCAGAAGGUGGCCCAGUUCAUGGGGAAGGUUCUGGAAGACGACAUCCUGGAGAAGAUUGUCCAUCUCUCCACCUUCCAGGUGAUGAAGGACAACCCAAUGACCAAUUACACCACGUUGCCGAGCAACAUCAUGAACCAAUCCAUCUCCAGGUUCAUGAGGAAAGUUUGUUGCUGUUAUUUAUUCAGGAAUGUUGUGGCACAUUGCCCUGCUCGACAGUUUUAUACCCUCUCACCUUUGGAACAUUGCAGUGUGACAGAGAUUCACGGCGAGAUUCUUCAUCCCCCAGCUCCUUGCUCAACAGGGACCACUUGGACACAGGAAAUUGUCGAUCUCAUUAACCACGAUGGCGAUGAGGAGAUGUGUAAACGGGCUGCCGUCCACGAUCGCAUCCCCUUCCUGGAAUUUUUCCCCACUCACUACAACCUUCCAAGCGGGCUCGAGCAGAUCCAGAAGAUGGACUCACCUCGGAUGAUCAAAACCCACCUGCCUUUCCAACUCAUUCCCAAAUCCUUCUGGGAGCAGGAUUGUAAGGCAAUUGUAGUCGCUCGAAAUGCCAAGGAUAACGUGGUCUCCUACUUCCAUUUCCAUCGGAUGGAUCAAGUGAUGCCUCACCCUGGGACCUGGCAGGAAUUCCUCCAAAAAUUCAUGGACGGGCAACUUUCCUGGGGCUCGUGGUACGACCAUGCGAAGGGCUGGUGGGCAGCGAAGGAGAACCAUCCAAUCCUGUUCCUCUUUUAUGAAGACAUGAAGGAGAACCCCAGGCGGGAGAUCCAGAAGGUGGCCCAGUUCAUGGGGAAGGUUCUGGAAGACGACAUCCUGGAGAAGAUUGUCCAUCUCUCCUCCUUCCAGGUGAUGAAGGAUAACCCAAUGACCAAUUACACCACGUUGCCGAGCAACAUCAUGAACCAAUCCAUCUCCAGGUUCAUGAGGAAAGGUGAGGUUGGAGACUGGAAGAACCACUUCACAGUGGCUGAGAACGAACAUUUUGAUGAACAUUACGAGAGAGAGAUGGCUCUGUGCUCGAUAGCGUUUCGCCAGGUCCUGUAAUCAGGGCAAGAGACCUCAAACUAUCUCUGAAUAAAAUUCCUAAGAAGACUGAAA